AUGAGCUCCCGUGGCUUAGCUCUGGCACCACCAGCCAAGAAUGUGGUGGUGUAUCGCAACGGUGACCCCUUCUUCCCCGGGAGGAAGUUUGUAGUGAACCAGCGGCGGUUCCUGACCUUUGAGGCGUUUCUGAAUGAGGUGACCAAGAACAUUCACGCGCCCUUGGCUGUGAGGAACCUCUACACACCCAGGCAUGGCCACCGUGUCGCUGAGCUGGGGGACCUGCAGGAUGGGUGCCAGUACGUGGCUGCGGGCUUUGAAAAGUUCAAAAGGCUGAAGCUGGUUAAUCUGAGCCUGGUGGCCACAGUGGCUGCUCUGGCACCACCAGCCAAGAAUGUGGUGGUGUAUCGCAACGGUGACCCCUUCUUCCCCGGGAGGAAGUUUGUAGUGAACCAGCGGUGGUUCCUGACCUUUGAGGCGUUUCUGAAUGAGGUGACCAAGAACAUUCACGCGCCCUUGGCUGUGAGGAACCUCUACACACCCAAGCACGGCCACCGUGUCGCUGAGCUGGGGGACCUGCAGGAUGGGUGCCAGUACGUGGCUGCGGGCUUUGAAAAGUUCAAAAGGCUGAACGUUUUCCGGAAUGGGGAUUUGCUGAGCCCUCCUUUCCCACUGCCACUCUCCAAGAGCCCCCCACUGCAGUGGGACACACUCCUGGCCAUGCUGACAGAGAAAGCCGACCUGCGCAGCGGGGCUGUUAACAAGCUCUGCAGGCUGGAUGGAACCCAGGUGUCUGGUGGGGAGGAACUGGUGAAUGGUGAUUACUAUGUGGCAGUGGGAAAUGAGGAGUACAAAAAACUGCCUUACUUUGAGCUGCUGGUGCCCCAGGAUUCUGUAUACAAGAUGCUGUGUUUGGUGAACUCUGUGCCAUCUCCCAGGUCAGUGCUGGUGACUCUGCUCUUCCUGAACCACCUCAACAGGCAAGCCAGGAAAUCUUGCCUUGAAGAGGAAGAGUCCAUUUUCCAUGUUAAACCUGUCCGUGCAGGACAAAAAAGGAGGAACAACAGGAAUGCGCAGCACUGGCCUGAUCAAGAAGAAAAUGUCUAUAAAACCAGGGAUCCUAAGCAUGAGGUGCGAGGUGCCCAAGAAGUAAAAGAGGACGAACGCACAAGGGUGGACGUACCCAUUGAUCAGAGAGUUGCAGAAGAACUUAUACCAAAAGCCAAAAUGAUACACCGCAGUAAG